CAAGAAGAAGAUACAACCAGAGCAUCACAGUAGAGCGGUUUCCAGGUAGCCCACAGCUGCCAAACGUGAGCAUAUCAGACGAUGAGAGGGAAAUUCUGAAUCUCGAACGCUCUCGCAUUCAUUACACAUCCCGACGUUAUUCCGGAAGCGCCUUGGAAGUUCAACUGUAUGGCAGAGCUGGGGACGCUUUCUUGGUUCGUAUGAGUAUCAGAGAAAGUCCGACACAUACUUUCACCGGUUAUCCUGAACUUUCAAAUCCUCAAAUACAUUCCGUGUGUUUGGUCGAUGGGACCAGUGAUACCUUGGAAAUUCGCUGGGCGGCUGCAUUGUCUGAUGAUAUGCAGCCUCAGUACUGCGUGUCAAUCAACGCUGAAGAGAAUCUUUACUACCAGUGCACAGCAUACGCAAGGCUAAAUGCCACUAUUCUGAGACAAUACGGAACUAUGGAUCGCCCAGCGUCUUUCGGGAAGACUGAACAGUUGAGACCGCGCACAAUUAAUAAUUUCGUUUACACUUGUCUACCCAAUAAAACUUUGCAAGUCAGAUUGCCGCACACACUUGCGCUGAAUUUGUCUCGACUUGGAAAAGACGCAUCCGCAAAGCUGUUCGUCAAUGUCUACGCUGUGAACACCAGAGUGUCUUUAAGUACGGCAUAUGCCGUUCGAGUGCUCGAUAGGCCGGUGGAGCGCUGUGGUUCUGUUCGACCUGUGGACGUCAUGAAAGUGCACAGUCUACCAUCGUUCCAUAAAAUCCGAUGGGCAACGGACAUUGAGUUUGAACUUCCCGCCAGUGUAAGGCAGUUCGAAGCAUUUUAUCAAACGUGCAAAAUUCCCGGUGAUUUUACAGCAAAGCCAAUUUCAGUCCAGUUGUAUCACAUUCGGGAGACACCUCCUCAAAGAAUUGAAGUUUGCAGACAACCAAUAGUAGAUAGUCGGAUUCAUGCCAUAUGUAGCCAAAACCACACUGGUGGCUACUACCUUCUACAAGUGAAGGAACCGGCAGGCAUUAAUCACAGCCAAGAAAGUGGCCGAUUCUACCUCCGUCAGCCCAACACUUAUGGAGGGAUUCUUCGUCCUGCAAACACGGAAUUCUCUACCCGAAUAACACGUGUGCUGACCAAUUCGACGAGUGAACCUUACCUAAAAUCGCCCGACUCCAUAACAAUAAAGCCCUUCUAUGUCAUAUCAGCAGCAGCCUCUAGAUGGCGAGAGAAUAACCUCACUCACAUGGUGAAGCGAGGGAUUGGAAACUUACUGAGGUUACGCAGACGCAAGCGACAACGACUGUUGAGGCAUGCAUCUCACAUUCCAUUUUUUCCCACUUCAACAACGAGUCAUCUGGAUGGAUUAGGUAUCGGUAUUGACUGCCAAGGUCCACAAGUAUACGCAAGACUGAGAAUACACUCAAGUUCACAGUACUACUGGAUUUAUACAACUCCAAUUCCGUUCUGGAUGAUGAAAAGGCGGAGAGAUUGGCUAUUUGCAAGGUUGAACAAUAUGACAGACCAUUGUGCUUAUCCCAGUGCAUACUACUCAGUAAUUACGAACAACACCUGGCGAGGAAUGAAAUGCCUCUCAGCUGAAGGUCAAGAAGAACUACGAUUUCUCAUUCCUGCUUACGAUCACGUUAAUGAUCCACCCUAUCAUUUGAUCACCAUUUACAUUGCCCAUAGGAAGGACGUGCACGGGGAACGAAAAGAACUUCUGGCUCAAGAACUCUUCGAUGCCUGUAGACUUCAUGCAUCCAACUGUUACAGGAACAAGACUGAUAGUCCAUGUGCCCUGAGAUCCUACGGAAUGUCCGAUGAUCCCAAGUACACUUAUCGAUUGAUAAGGACGCAGCAUCAGGUUGGGACACAAUUGUUUACGGACAUUUGUACAUUAGGAGUUGCACUAAUAAUGAUGGCAUUGUAUUUUUCUGGAGCAUCUGGGAUUCAUUCCGAUGACAAGUUGCAGGAGGCGGAGCACGAACCUAACAUAGAUUAUGGUCUCACCUGUUUUCGAGCGUGGACAUUUCAAAGUUGGAGCAAAAUUAACU